AUGGCUGUAGAGCCCGAUAAUGUAGUUAAAGGAGUUAUUUGGGUACAGAGUAAACCCAAAGAAGGUGUUGUUGAUGACGUUCGCGUGUUUGUUUAUCAAGAUGAAGACGGCAUGCACCAGUUAUCAUUAUUUUCUCGUCUUCUUUCGGCAUCUUCUUCACCUGAUUUGGGGCUGCAUGCACUUGAAUAUCGUUUCUAUUGUGAUUCUCUUGCGGAGUUAAUUUUAUCGUGGAAGCUCGGCCUCUACCCGUCUGACUUUUCUGAGGUUGCAUCUCCUAAGAGACGCCCCUUCCCUUCUUAUGAAUAUACAACUAAAGCAAAGCUGCCUUGGAGCCCCACUGAAGAGCUCAGUCUUACCCUUCACAGUCGAUCCCUCGACCGACAAUUAGAGUUUGCGCAGGGUCAACUGAGGCGUCUGCUAGAGAGACAGAGGACGCCGCUUCGUCUCCCUGGAAGUCCUGAGGGGGGUUCAGGCGGCUCCUCAGGGGGUGAGGAGACACCUGAAGAGGAGACAGAUGAUGAUGAAGAGGUUAUAUAUGCACUGCUGCGUUCGGACGAUGAGCUAGAAACGAAGGCGAAGCCUUCUGGAUCAGCAACAGAAGAGCAGCAGAAGGAAGACCAGCAGCAGCAGCAGCAGCAGCAGCAGCAGGAGCAGGAAGACCAGCAGCAGGAGCAGGGAGAUCAGCAGCAACAGCAACAAGAGGAGUCUCCUUCUUCUCUCAGUCUUGUCAGUGAGCAGCAACAGAAAGGGCUGUCUCCUGAGGAGACAGAUAAACAAAGAGACAAUCCGGAUGCUCUCCCUUGGUACAGGACUCUAACUGGUGUUACAUCGAUGUUGUUAGGUAUGGGUGUCUUUAUGUUAUUUUGCUUUCGUUGUUGUAUGAAGAGACGGGGAAAUGAUAAUAGUAGGGGGGGCCCCCUGGGGGCCCCCGGGGCCCCAAGUGAAGGUGAAGUACAGCUACAAACAUUGCAUAAAGAUGCAAAUGAAAGGAGAACUGCUGAGUGUCUUAAAGGCUAUUCUCAUAUAUCAGACCAGCAUGCAAUUAGAGAUCCAGAAACAGGAAGCUGGUGGGAGGAAGAAGACGUACGAACAUUUACAGAAGCUUAA